AUGGGUAAAGGAAAGCCAAGAGGCUUGAACGCCGCGCGCAAGCUGCGCAACCACCGCCGUGAGCAGCAAUGGGCCGAUUUGCACUACAAGAAGCGACACCUUGGAACCGCCUUCAAGUCAUCACCCUUCGGAGGUUCCUCUCACGCCAAGGGCAUCGUCCUCGAAAAGGUCGGCGUCGAAGCCAAACAGCCCAACUCCGCCAUCCGAAAGUGUGUGCGUGUGCAGCUCAUCAAGAACGGCAAGAAGGUCACAGCUUUCGUCCCCAAUGACGGUUGCUUGAACUUUGUGGAUGAGAACGACGAAGUGCUCCUCGCCGGGUUCGGUCGCAAGGGCAAGGCCAAGGGUGAUAUUCCCGGUGUGCGAUUCAAGGUCGUCAAGGUCUCUGGCGUGGGUCUGCUAGCGCUAUGGAAGGAGAAGAAGGAAAAGCCCCGUUCGUAG